AUGGCGUCUACAUCUGGUCCUGGGCAGUCUUCAGGCCCAGAUCCAGGCUCAGUGCUCUGCGAUAAUUGCAAGAAUUCUGUUCUCGAACCAUCUCAAAACACAGAGAAUGUAGCAUACGGUGAUAGACUGCGCCAAUUUAUGAAGGAAUGGCACUUGAGUCCACGGUUAUGGCCUGUCGGAUACAUAGUAGGAAGUCCAUACUCUCCAUUUCGGGUUGAGCAGGAGCUCCCAAAGCGCGAUUGGCGCAACGCUUUCGAAGACUUACUCGCUCUGGAGUCUGGUGUCGAAAUGAUUAGCCAUGAAAGUAGGAAGCAAGAAAAGGCUGUUGCUGCAAAACUCAGUUGGGAAAGGGCAAAUCACUGCAUCGAAAAGAUCAACAAGUUGAAUACACGAGAUGCCCACGUCUUUAGUCUCGCGCAGACAACUCUCAGCAACGCCAAGUCUCCGGAACAUCAGACAGACUCUUCCAUCAUUUCCUGGCUGGACCAGACGGUCAACGAGAUGCGAGAAAUGAUGCAGCUUCGCGUCGCAGUCGCCAUGACCUUCAAGGCCAUGGAAGAAACCCGCAGAGAUUGGUCGGCUAGUAGACACAAAGAUCGGGGCCAAUGGAUGGCGUCUCUUAUCACCGCCGGUGCGUUGAGGGGCUGGGGAUCUACACUAGAAGACAGCGAACACGGAGUUUUGAUUCGUCUAAGCAAGGAUUUAGAAGCACCAGAAGCUUCAGAAGACUCCGAUGGCUUUAGCUGUACCGAACGUGAGCUAAGCGAGCAUUUCGAAGAAGGAAAACCCUUGGAGGUAGGAAGCCCUGGGCCACCUUUGUACAAGGUAUCAGAUCAGCCUCCAGCCGAACCGGUGGAUGACCGUCAAAGCGUUAUUGGGAGUAGCUCUCCGCAGCUUCCGCCAGACCGGCCUACACUCUGGACCAAGGUCCCUGAGCGUCCUUACUUUUUGGGUCAAACAACGGCUGCAGAACGCAUCACACUCCCCAACGGCAAGAUGGCGACUAGGGUGGUCAUGAAAAAUUAUCUCACAAACGGUGAUGUCGAGGAGAAGGUGAUGGUUCAGGAGCCUGGAAAAGUGUUGCAAGAAGUGGAGAAGGCCCGAGAACCGAGCCUCGUGCUCGAAUCAGUCUAUUCCCAUGUUACGAUUGCGGAGACCAUUCCUCCAGAGCUUCGGAAUAACAACAAGUCAUUAUUGAGCUCGAAAAUCUUCAGCGGGUAUCACAUCAUCUGGAGAGACUACAGCCAGAUGGAAACAAUACCAACUCAUGUCAACGCCGUCCGGGCUAUCGCGCUUGCUUGCAAAGUCCCUCUCCAGAACUUCCUGGAUAGCCUGGAGAAAAUUGAAUCAUCACUCGGUCCCUUCGCUGCAAAGUCACUGCGAUCUACCGGACGAAAAACCCAAUACUCACUGUUUGUGGCGAAAGAAUUUGAAAAGUUGAGGGCAUUCCUCCAGGUUCACAACGACAGUAUAGAUGGAACACAAGAUGAUAUGACCAGCGUAAAGCGUGCAUCUGAAAGUCUGACUGCUGAGAAUAUCGCACGAGCGGAUGAGAUCAAGGCUGGUAUAAGAACUGUCAGCGAAGAUCUGAAAGGUUGGAAGUUCUAUGACGAAACCUCUUCCGAAGGUAGCCACGACUAUGGCAACAAAGGGCCUUCAGGGCCUGAAGAUGUUUUGCAGACGGAGCUCACUGCGACCAUGAGCCGGAUUGAUGCUCUGGACUAA